UGAUCGAGGAGCGAUUUAAAUCCUUGUGUUCUAUCAAGUUGGUGAGCAUGCCUUUUAACAGUAUACGUAAAACUGGCAGUUUGGCACGGGGUUGCGCAAAUGCGUCGGUUCUCCCGUGUCUCACGUUGCCCGUUAGCGAUCAUGAGUAAAAUUAGGUUAUCAAUUACUCAUCGCGGUUAAUUGUCAUCGACAAUUAACGAAAUUCGUGGAUAAAUUUUGUUCCCGUUUGUAACGAGUGUUUUGCGUACGUGGCACGGUUCGCCGCCAAUCGGAAAACGGGAGUUUCAAUAGGCGUGGCUUCGAACACGUACAACUUGACUGCAUACAUAUCCGGCCGCCAUAAUUCUUUAAGAAGAAAUCGCCGUGUGUGAAUUCUUGUCGUGAUUCUCCUUGUAGGCAAACAUACUUAGCGCACUGUUCGUUUUACAUUCCUUGCCAGAAGAGAUCCACUGAAAACGUUUUCGGUGACCAACAUAGAGUUAGAUAAAAUGGAUGUUCAAACAGGAUUGAUAUGUGUAGCAGUAGUAGUUGUUUCAGCAGCAGUUAUUGCUUUAGUGUCUAUGUUUGGUAUGAAAGAGAAAUCUUACGAAGAGGCUAUUGCAGAGCAAAGAAAACUCCCUGAUGAUCUUUUAUUAAAUAAGAAAGAUAAAGGUAAAGAGAAAAAACAUAAAAACAAGGCAGGAAAGAAAGUGAAGGAGAAGAAGGAAGAAAAGGAGGAGAAAGAGGACAAAGAAGAAAAAGCAGAACAUGUCCAGUUUGAAGAAAAUCCUCAGAUUCUACCUUUAGAACCCUUACCAAGGGAGGGUAGUAAAGGAAGUAAGAAGAAAAGCAAGCAUGAAAAGGUAAAGCCAAUUCUUGUAAAUAAAGAUGAGCCAUUGGUUAUUGUGACUGAAUUAAGUUCUUCACAACCCCUCUUGGCAGAGGCAAAUCAUUUUGACCUCAUUCAUCCAAAGGACGACCUCGAACUCAUACGGAGUCAUAGUAAAGAAAAUUUGCAACAGAUUGGUCAAGCUGCGCCAGUUGCAAAUAAAUCUCCGAAAGAAACUCCGACGAAAUCGAAGAAAAAUGCGAAGGAGUCAGUGAAAAAGAAGGAUGAAAAUAUCAAGGAAGAAAAAAAAGAAACAAUUACAAAUGCUAAUGCAGUGCCAGUUGCUAACAAAGAUGUUGCGAAAGAAGUUAAGGAAGAGAAAGAAAUUCCCGUUAAAGAUGUAAAGGAAGAGAAAGUUACAAAAGAAUUGAUUACUUCUGCUCCUACUCAGCCACCGAACAAGGAGUCGAAGAAAACGAAGAAGAGGAAUGACAUCUUGGCACAAAUCGGCGGCGACAAAGAUGCUGUGAACGUGUCCCUGUUAAUGCCUCUGGUUCAGAAGGCUGAGCUUAGCCGUUCCGAAAUACAAAUUCUCAUUGACCAACUUCUAAAUAAACAGCUGGACAAUCCGUCGGAGCAUUCGGAAUGGACAGAAGGGCGCGCGGAUCCGGUCAUUAAAUUGAAGAAGCAAUUGGCGGAAAAAGAGAAAGCCUUGGCCGAUGAGCACGAAGCGAACAUCGCGUUUCAAAAUAAAUUGAAAAAAUUGCGUACCGAGCUCAACUCCGAGCGAUCCCGAUUAUCAGCUAGCGUGCGACAACUGGAGGAAGCGUUGAAUGCCAAGGUCACGGAAACUCAGACUCUACACACACGCAUGCAGCAUAUCCUCGAGAGUCACGCCGCUGAGAAACAAGGAUUUACUAGACAGAUCGAACAGUUGCAGGCUAAGGUGAACGAAAACGCUGCGAUCAUUCACAAGAUGCAAGAAGAUCAGGGACAAACCCAGGGCCACCUGCAACAAGAACUAAUAGCGCAACGUAAACAGAUGGAGGUUCAAUUUGCUCAAAUGCGUGAGAACGAGAACGCGUUGAAGUCACAACUGGCUCAGAAACACGUCGAGGCUCAGGAAUUGCAAAGCGAGCUGCAGGCGACUUGCGAGAGCAGCACCGCAGAGAUAGAAAUGUUACGGCAACAGUUGGGCAUUAUGCAAAAUCAGUUGAUGCACGCGGAAGGACAACUGCAACAUUUCAAAGAGACCGGAGAUCGAUUGCAAGACGUCGCUAGACAGCUCGAGGAAUCUCAUCGUACGUACUCCGAUGUCGAUCACAGAUUAAAGAGUGCUCAUCGUCACGAGCAGGAACUUCAGAAACAAGUGAACUCUCUGCAGAGCGAAUUGAGCGCUGUGAAAGCAGAAGCUAACGAUGCAUCAGCAUUGAAGGCAGAGCUGAGCAAAGCUCAAUCCGACGUGAUGAAAUUGAAAUCGGAGUUGUCGGCUUCGAUAAACGAUACGAAGUCUGAAGCUGAGAUUUCAGAUCUUAAAAUGGCACUCGUUAAUAAGGAGGAGGAUUUAAAGAAGUGCAAGGAAGAGCUGAAUAAUUUACGAAUCGAAUUCAAACAGGCGACGGAAAAUAUAUCGCAGUCGGAGGCACAAUUGCAAGCGGCACAGGAAAAUCUGAACUCCAUAAGAGUCGAAUUCGAGAAGGCGAAAGAAAAUCUACAAAAAGCACAACACAACGUUAACACUUACAAGGCGAAUCAAGAGAAGCUAGAGGAAGAAUUGAGGCAAACGCGAAGUGAAUUGGAGAAGACGCGUGCGGAACUGAAAACCGUAAAUGAAGCUAUAAACGAAAUGAAAGUGUUGAAAGUUGAAAUGAACAGGUUACAGAAUAACGAAAAGCAGUUGAGCGACACGCAAUUGCAGACUGCACGUUUGCAAGAAGAAAAUGAUCGACUAUCUACACAGCUUUCAAGCCUCGUAGAGUUGCAGAAGCAACUUAAACAAUUGCAAGAAGAAAACGAAUCGUUAGCUUCUCAGUUAGCAGCAACCACGGAACGACCAGCCGCGGAAGGCCGAGAAAAUGGAAUCGAUGAUAAUGUACAGAAAAAUGAAGAGCAGUCGAAAUUGUUGUUCCAAGCGGAAAGUCAGCUGAACGCUUUAAAAACAGAAUUGUCGCAUAAAGAGACGGAGUUGAGCCAAUUAAAUGCCCAGGUUGACGCGUUGCGUAGUGAUGUGAACAAUCAGCGUAGUCUUGCUGCGCGUUUAAGUUUUGAUUUAGAAGCACAAAGGACCAAAAAUAAUGAGUUGCGUAUGAAAAACUGGAAAGUGAUGGAAGCUCUUUCGGCUGCCGAGUUGCGUGUUAAAUCUGAUAAUGGGAAAAACUUUGAUGAAUUCACACAAAAAAUAAAAAUGGAACAAGAAGAGCAAACAAAAGCCUUGUUACAAAGGAUAUUCCCGGAUAUAAAAGUGGCCGAAAAAUCCAAUGAUCAGUGGCUCAAAGCCUUUGAAGAAAAAGUUAAUUUGCUAUUAUCUUCGUUGAAGAAAACGAGCACAGUUGAUACGCAUUCAGAUUUAGAAAAGCAAAACAAGAGCUUGCAAGAUAUGGUUUCAUAUUAUAAGCAAAUUAUUGACGAUACAGAAGGUAUGCUUAAUAAGCUUCAAAGUCAUGUAGAGUCUGAAGAAGCGAGAUGGGAGGCCCAGCUACGACAGAAAGAAGGCGAAGUAGCGAAUCUUAGAAUUGAAUUGAAUGAACUCAGGAAUAAAUUAAACACAAAUAAAACGUUACACAAGAUAGGAGAAUCAGAAGCGAGACUAAAGGAUAAUGAAUCUCUUAAGAAUCAAACCAAUGUCGAAUCAUUAGCACUUAAAUCAGUUCCGAGUGAAAUGAGCACGAACGAUGUUAGAAAAAUGUUAGAAAAACUUGAAGAGGAGAAAGUACGAUUAUCGGAAGAACUUCAAUUAGAGUCUAAUAAGAGAUCAGCGGCAGACGAAGAAUUAGAAAAGCUGAGAUGUGUAGUUACACAGCUCUAUCAACAAAUGUCAUUGCUUAAGGGUGAAGUUUAUGGAGGCUGUAGCAGUUCAGAACAGCCGGUAUUAAAUGGGCCGCCAGCUUCUUCUGAGUGCUCUAAUUCUGAGUCCACUAAGAAACCCAUGGCAAAACGGCGCAGAUUCGCAGGGUGGUUCAAGAAAAAAAUAACUUCGAAGAACAAGCUGCACUAAUACAGCACCAAUCCGGACAGUUGAUGAAAGGAAUAAAAGUGAAAUCACAUAAUGCUCUAACAUUACAUAAAACCACCAAUGAUGAAUUUUGCUAUACCGAGAAGACU